UAAUCAAUUCUUAUUUUAUUUAAUUCUCUUAUUAUUUGCUCUCCUUAUCUAUUACAAGUUUUAUCUAUGCACUUAGGAGAUAGUGCUAAUUCUCAUAUUUUUACUUUCCAUUCUUUUUUCUACACUAUUAAUUCUAACUUUAAACAUUUUUUAGAAUGUAAAUUCAUAUUAUACGAUAAAUUAAUUCCUAGAUAAUUGAUUUCUUAUAAUUUGACUUAUAAUAUUUUAUAAAUUAAAAAAAUCGUAUCUAAGUAUAAUUAAAAAAAAAAAAGAGAAAACAAUAAUUAGAAACGCGGUAUAAAAUAAAAAAAGACUUAUAAAUAAAGCAAUCAUAUCUUGCUUCAUAACAUGAAAACAAGCCUUGUUUAUUAUAAUUUAUAGUAUAAGAACUAUUAUUGUGAGCAUUAAAUCAUAAUUAUCGUUUAACACAUAUAUAUUGUUACAAUAUUUAUUAUAUUAUUUUAUAAUAUUAAAUUUGUUUUGUAAUAUUAAAAUGCCUGCAACAACUCUACACAAAUUUACGACAUUCAUAGGAUUGAUAUCAAUAUUGCAUACAGCAUAUUCAGCUGCUCAACAUCGUUCAUAUUUACGAAUAACAGAACAAGAAUUCAUUACUUUACCAAUUGAUAUUUUAAUACAAGGUAUUAUCAGUUUAUUUUUGGUUAUGUAUGGAGUUAUGUAUAUUGCUGGUGAUUUCAAAGAAAUUCGAGCAGUUGUAGAUUUAGAAAAUAAAUCUUGGGAAACAUUGAGAAAUCUUCCUUCAUUUCAAAUAUUUAAUCAUCGCGGAAGAUCUUUAUCACCUCAAUACACACAAUAAAAUAUUUUUAGUAUUCAUUCGUUGAAAAUGGACAUAUAUAAUUAAUGUAAUUAUUUAAAAACAAAUACAAAUAAUGCGUAGAAUUUUGUAAUUUAAUUUAUAUAUUAUUUAUUAUUGAUCUUAAUUGUAUUACAUAAAAAAAAAAGAUAAUCUUCUUAUUAUAUAUAUAUAUAUAUAUAUAUAUAUAACAGUAUAAAUUUUAAAUCUAUAUUUAAAAAAACAUUUAAAGUACAAAUAAAAAGAAUCUUAAGAUUUUGUA